AUGUCCCAGGCUAUAGGCCUUCAAUCGUUGAACGACGAUAUCCUCAGUAUCAUCGUCACCGCAUGGCUCUCCCAGCGAGACGCGGCCAAUCUAGCCUUGACGUCCCGCACAGUGAGCACCGUCGCCAGGCGGCGCGUCCUCUCCUCCCUCCGACUCACGGCGCCAGUCGCCAGUUCCCGAUUCCACAGGUUCAUGCUCAAGGAGGACAGCGGCUUCCGCCUGCACUGUCUGCAAAAACUCUCCAUCUUCCGCUCGAAUCUCUCAGAGGUUGAACCGGACGACGGCUAUACACCACUUGCCCGUGUCCUCGAACGGGCGCGAAACUUGCGGACGCUCGUCGUAACAUACGUAGAGGACCACCUGGAGACCUCGAAAGGAGACGUACUCGGCGACGCCAUCGCAUCCCUUCGCGACCUCCAAGAGCUCGAUCUGCAUGAUGUUGGCGAGGAGGGUAUGGCUCUCUGCGAGAGGCUGACCUGCAAGCCGAGAGCAGUCCAUUUGCGGGCAUCGUGCUCAUCCUUUGAGCCACAUCUGGAGGUGGAGCAUACAGCGUUCGCUGAGCUCCCCGUCCUGCAGGCCGCGUCGGUGGUGACUUUGCAAAACUUCACAUUCGUGUCUCUCGCUGAUGACGACUCGGAGCCACCGCCGCCACCAGGCCCUCUCCCAGCCCCGACCAACUUAUGGCUCGACACGCACACCCUUCAUCUAAGGAACGUCGAUCCCAUGGCGGUCGUCAAACUCUGCCCAAACCUCUCAUACCUGCACAUGACAUUCGUAAUGCUCGCUCAUGAUGGUCGAGACUUUUAUCCCGGGGACUGGGAUAAUGCGUACAGCACUACUAUCGGCCUUGUACCUGAUAUCAUCGCGCGCCUGCGCGUCCUCGACGUCUUUGUCGACAAUCCGGAGUCUAUCCUCGACAAGACCAUUGUCGCAUCUGUCCGCGCGACUCAUCCCGUGGUUCUCUCGAUGCAAUUCCAUUAUGGGGACAAGGGCCUGUGGGAACAACUCGCAGAACUGGCCAAGGGUCCUCAGGCGAGGUUGCGCUAUCUCGACGUGCUGCUGCACGACGAUCCUCUGCUCGCACAGAAAUGGCUGGACGAGUGUCUCCCGCUGUUCUCUGACAGCAACCUCCUCUGCGUGGGCCUCAGGCUCGUCGAGUACAUCGGGGACACCAUCACCGCGCAGAAAUACAGCGUACUCGAAGCCAGUCCGGACGACUCGAACUGGAUCGAGGACAGCGAGUGGGAGGGCUUGUGGGACACGGCUCCGAAGGUACUCGCAGAGGUGAUUCCAUCCCUCCGCUACGUAGCGGUGUCGUCCGGGUGCAUGGUGGAGGGCCGCGUGGACCGUGAGCAAUCAACUUUUAGGGGGAAGGCACGAUGGUGGCGCGUCGUGCGCGACAACUCGAAGGCAAAUCCGGGCACGCCUGCGGGCGCUGCCACUGGAGCUGAAGAUGGGAUGGCACCGGCAGAGCUGACAGAGAUCAAUGGAGAGGAGGGAAGAGGAAUGGACCAAUACAUGCGUGGCGAGGUUUUCGCAGACACUCUGCGACUUAAUGAGUAA